AUGGAGGAUCUAUAUUAUAAGGAAGGCUCGGAGCCUUUUGAUUUACGUUUAAGUUAUCUAAGAAGGCUUAAUAAAGUAAAUAAACCCCUUGCAUAUUAUGAACAAGUACCAGUCAUCUCUAGUACUAUUUCAUUUGUUAAUACUACUGUCAAUUUAAUUCCGAGUACAUCUUACCAGCCUAAUUUUCAACGUGGUUUACACCGGUCAAAAAGAUUAAGACGUAGUAAUCCUCCUGAAUAUAUAUCAGCACCAGCAGUAUUAAUUAAAAAUAUUUGGAAUGAUUAUGGUUUUCAAAGGUCAAUGACUUCUAGUAAAAAAAAAAAAGAGACUGCUGAAGAUAUAAAUUUAUCAAAUUGGCAACAGAGACGAAUUGAAGAAGCUGAAUACAAAAAUGCCUUAGCUCAAGCAAACAGUGUUAUGAAUAUUAAAGUCUAUUGGCGACAAAUGGGCACGUAUAGGUUUCCUCUUAGAAUGUUUCAGUCAUUGUCAAGUGUUUACAAACAUAUUGCAAAAUUAGAAGGUAUAGAUCCUUCACAUGUUCGUUUGUAUCGAAACCAAAGGAUUCUUUCACCAAAAGAUACACUAGAUUCAAUAAAUUAUAAGAUAACUGAUGCCAUUGAAGGUGAUAUAACAUUUUUGGAAAUCCCCAAGUGUACAACCUAUACUACAUUAGCUAAAGAAGAAUUGGUGACGUAUAAAAUAAUACGACAGACCAGGAGUCCAAUCAUUCUAGAAAUGAGAAAAACGGAUAAAAUGUCAAUCUUGUAUAUUAAACUGAAAGAAUUGUUAGGAAUUGAAUUAGAAUCAUUUAAAUUGAAGCUGAAUGGAGAUAAAGUUAAGUACAGUGAUACAAUGAAAAGCUUAGGUCUUGAAGGAAAAGAAUAUAUUUUACUUUAUCAAAAAAAAUGA